CGGGGCUCCUCCCCGCCUCCUCGGUCCCUGGGCACCGCCACCUGGUCCAGGGAGUCCCGCGAGGGGACCCGGAGGCUCCGCUCGGGCCGGGCGCACACUGUGGGGACGCGGAGGGAGCACGAGGCAAGGAGGAGGAGCGAAGGUGUUGGACAGAACUUCGCCAGGAACAGGAAACCUACGGCGGGGCAGGGGCGGCGACAGCGGAGCGGGGCCAUCGCGGUGUCUCCAGCGGUGGCCUCGCUGCCGCGUGCCAAGACUGAGCCUCUGGGACCCCUAGGACCCCGCUGGCCUGAGCUCACCCUUGCGCCCAGCGGAGGCAGCGGUACAGCCACAGGAGCGUGAAGCAGUAUGUCUGACAAAAUGUCCAGCUUCCUCUACAUUGGGGACAUCGUGUCCCUGUACGCGGAGGGCUCGGUCAACGGCUUCAUCAGCACCCUGGGGUUGGUGGAUGACCGGUGCGUGGUACACCCGGAGGCAGGGGACCUUGCCAACCCCCCCAAGAAGUUCAGAGACUGCCUUUUCAAGGUGUGCCCUAUGAGUCGGUACUCCGCCCAGAAGCAGUACUGGAAAGCCAAGCAGGCAAAGCAAGGCAACCACACGGAGGCUGCGCUGCUGAAGAAGCUGCAGGUGAGGCUGCCGCCUUCUUUCCCAGGCCAGGAGCGACCUGAGGGCAGAGAUCGCAGAUGGAGGAAAGGCACACACGCCGCCGACCUGGAGCAGCGGCAGAAUGAAUCGGAGAACAGGAAGCUUCUAGGGGAAAUCGUGAAGUACAGCAACGUCAUACAGGCACUAAUUUGCGUCUUUCUUCUGCAGCUACUGCAUAUAAAAAGCAACAAGUAUCUGACUGUCAACAAGAGGCUGCCUGCCCUCCUGGAGAAGAACGCCAUGCGCGUGUCGCUGGAUGCCGCCGGAAACGAGGGCUCCUGGUUCUACAUCCAUCCCUUCUGGAAGCUGAGAAGCGAGGGUGAUAAUAUCGUCGUAGGGGAUAAAGUUGUUCUGAUGCCUGUAAAUGCUGGGCAGCCCCUGCAUGCCAGCAACGUGGAGCUCCUGGACAACCCGGGCUGCAAAGAGGUGAAUGCUGUUAAUUGUAACACUAGCUGGAAAAUCACUUUAUUCAUGAAAUUCAGUUCCUAUCGAGAGGAUGUGUUAAAAGGGGGCGAUGUUGUGAGACUGUUUCAUGCAGAGCAGGAGAAGUUUCUGACCUGUGAUGACUACGAGAAAAAACAGCACAUCUUCCUUCGGACGACCUUGCGUCAGUCAGCAACUUCAGCUACUAGUUCUAAAGCACUCUGGGAAAUCGAGGUGGUUCACCACGACCCAUGCCGUGGCGGCGCAGGACAGUGGAACAGCCUGUUCAGGUUUAAACAUCUUGCAACUGGGAACUACUUGGCUGCAGAGCUUAAUCCUGACUACCGAGAUGCUCAAAAUGAAGGAAAACCCGUGAGAGACGGGGAACUUCCGGCGUCCAGGAAGAAGCGCCAGGCAGGGGAGAGGAUCAUGUAUACCCUGGUCUCAGUUCCGCACGGAAAUGACAUCGCAUCCCUUUUUGAACUUGAUGCCACAACUCUGCAGAGAGCUGACUGCCUGGUUCCAAGGAACUCGUACGUGCGGUUGAGGCAUUUAUGCACCAACACUUGGGUAACGAGUACCAGCAUCCCCAUAGACACGGAGGAGGAGAGGCCCGUCAUGUUGAAAAUUGGGACCUGCCAGACGAAGGAAGACAAGGAAGCCUUUGCCAUCGUGUGCGUCCCGCUGUCUGAGGUCCGAGACUUAGACUUCGCCAACGACGCCAACAAAGUGCUGGCGACCACGGUCAAGAAGCUGGAGAACGGCAGCAUCACUCAGAACGAGAGGAGAUUUGUGACAAAGCUGUUGGAAGACCUCAUCUUCUUUGUGGCUGACGUGACUAACAGUGGGCAGGACGUGCUGGAUGUGGUCAUUACCCGGCCAAACCGAGAGCGGCAGAAACUAAUGAGAGAACAGAACAUUCUGGCACAGGUGUUUGGGAUCCUUAAAGCCCCUUUCAAGGAGAAGGCGGGAGAAGGCUCCAUGCUGAGGCUGGAGGACCUGGGCGACCAGCGCUACGCCCCCUACAAGUACGUGCUGCGACUCUGCUACCGCGUGCUGCGACAUUCGCAGCAGGACUACAGGAAGAACCAGGAAUACAUCGCCAAGAACUUCUGCAUUAUGCAGUCCCAGAUCGGCUACGAUAUUUUGGCAGAGGAUACGAUCACAGCCUUGCUGCACAACAACCGCAAACUCCUGGAGAAACACAUCACUGCGAAAGAAAUCGAGACCUUCGUCAGCCUGCUCAGGAGGAACCGCGAGCCGAGGUUCCUGGACUACCUGUCUGAUCUCUGCGUGUCCAACAGCACUGCCAUCCCCGUCACUCAGGAGCUCAUCUGCAAAUUCAUGCUGAGCCCUGGCAAUGCGGACAUUCUCAUUCAGACAAAGCUGGUGUCCAUGCAAGUGGAAAACCCCAUGGAGAGCUCCAUCCUGCCCGAAGACAUUGAUGACGAGGAGGUUUGGCUGUACUGGAUUGACAGUAACAAGGAGCCUCAUGGCAAAGCCAUCAGGCACCUCGCCCAGGAAGCCAGGGAAGGCACCAAAGCUGACCUAGAAGUUCUGACCUAUUACAGAUACCAGCUAAACCUCUUUGCAAGAAUGUGCCUGGACCGCCAGUAUCUGGCCAUCAACCAGAUCUCAACACAGCUGUCUGUAGACCUGAUCCUGCGGUGUGUGUCUGACGAGAGCCUGCCCUUUGACCUCCGAGCAUCUUUCUGUCGACUCAUGCUCCACAUGCAUGUUGACCGGGACCCCCAGGAGUCUGUGGUGCCUGUUCGCUAUGCCCGGCUCUGGACUGAAAUCCCUACGAAGAUCACGAUUCACGAGUAUGACUCCAUCACAGACUCUUCCAGAAACGACAUGAAGAGGAAGUUUGCCCUGACAAUGGAAUUCGUUGAAGAAUAUUUGAAAGAAGUUGUAAAUCAGCCGUUUCCUUUUGGAGACAAAGAGAAAAACAAACUGACAUUUGAGGUGGUUCACCUGGCCAGGAACCUCAUCUACUUUGGAUUCUACAGCUUCAGCGAGCUGCUGCGACUGACGAGGACCUUGCUGGCGAUCCUGGACAUCGUGCAGGUCCCCGUGUCAUCGUAUCUUGAAAGAUUAAGCAAGUUUCAAGAUGGAAGUAAGAACUUUUGA